CAAAACUCAAAUUAAUGCGCGAUCCUUCAGACAAAACAUUGGGAAAACAACGUCUGUGGGUGGUGGAGAUUUUAGAAGGUUGGCAAUGGUCAUUAGGACAGCAUCCAGGAGUGUUCUUUGAAAUCGAGAAUGUAGAGCACGUUUAUUAGAAAAUGCAUCAACGAUUCAAAGUCACUAUUAUGAGCGGAUGCACUGCCGCUGAGAAUGAGCUUAAAGAUGCCGAUACUUGUCAAUCACCCCUAAUACUUGUUAAUACGUAUACCUAAUUGCAAGAGACCCCAUACGUCAUCUCUAUUGGCUUGCCGUGAAAGGCCAAUAUGGUUUUUUCAUCAGUCGCCGUAAUGAUAUCUUUGUCAUCCGUCACCAUGCUUCCUCAAGAGCUCCUAGAGUACAUAUUUGUACAUGUCAGCGACCCGCAACAUUUGGUGCUAACCUGCAAAAGAUUCUUCAUCAUCGGUCAGUCGGCAUCCAUUCGAUUACGAUGGUUGAAGCAUCAGUUUCCAUUGCUACCAAGGCUGCACGAGUAUGCUGCGUUUCAGGUAUUCAGGCAGCAGAGUGGAUAUAAGAAUAUCAGCAGAGUAAAAGAGCUGGUACGACAUCCGGUUCGGCUUCUUAGCGAUGCGCUCUUGGCCAAAAUGGUGUUGGCGUUCGAUUUUACGGAAACGGUGGAGAAUACGACAAUUAGGUUGCUUGACCAGGAACAAGUCGACUCGGAUCUAAGGAAAUCGCAUACAGCAAACUCUACCUCUCAACUCUUUCCUGCAGAAUGUUCACUACCAUCGACGAAUUCAGACAGCCGAACCGUCGUAAACACGAUCUUAAGGUUCUCGGUCGCUGUUGGGUACUCGCACACCAUCGAGGCGAUCCUUCACCGUCAUGCAUGUCAACUUACCGCCAAAGAAAUAGGUAUCGCUCUUGCGUUUGCGUUUGCCAGCGGAAAACUUUCUUCCAUCCAUCUCCUCCUGGACGAACUUGAGAUGGGAUCUAUACAGCAAAUUGACAUAACGGGCGUGGACGUGGCUUUCGAGAUUUUCUAUCACCUUGUGACGGAUGCAAGAUUGGGCAGCAAUGCUUGUACUCUGGUGAAGCGUUUGCUAAGAAUAUUACCGGCCGCUCAUCAUGUGGGAAUGUUGGACAAGUGCUUGUACUGGUUCUUGACAAGUCCUCCCGUUAGUAGGAAGGGAUUAGUGUCGAAGAACUCGGAUCUUUCGUGUCCAUCGUACUCUCUUUUAGAUAUCUUACUGAACAUCCGAUGUCGCACCUACCGCUCCCACCCCCAACAGCUCCCCCUUACCUUUGGCCAAUUAUCUGAAUCAGCCUUACUUGCAUUCCUACAGUCAACCUUUAAUACCAAGCUGCUGGAUAUCACGGAUCCUUUCAUUCGAUACGACCUCCUUCAAGGCAUACUUUGUCAAGAUCGGGAAUAUUGUCUACGAUAUCUAGUUCAAAUUCAGAAAAUGGACCCGAGAUUCGACAGCGAUUGGUGUCUCAGGUUUGCGUGCAUGUCUGGGAGCAUUGGAUGCACACAGUUCCUGGUAAACGAAUGCAUGGUUGAUGUGGCCGUUGGAGGAGGCUUGGUCAUCCGUGAAGCUUCCGCGAGCGGGAACGGCGAAAUCCUUGGUCUGCUGCUGAGGAACGCAUCGUCACCCAUUCCAGUAAAGAUACUCAAUGCAUCACUUAUUAUCGCCGCUGAAAACAAUCAGAUACGAACAAGCGAACUGCUGCUUCAAUACGGAGCAGAUCCGAGAGCAGAUGGCUAUAUGCCAUUGCGAAUAGCGAUAUGCAGAGGUUAUAAAGAGGUGUUGGAUGUGCUUACCCGAUGCGGUGCUGCUUCCUCCAUGUAUGGGCAAGGGGAGAAGGGAGUCAUGGAUCAGGUUGUUCAUAAAUUGAAUCUAGGACGAGGGAAAGCGAUUGACUUUACAUCAACUUGAUGAUUGUUUUUAUGGAGAAAUAAAAGACUGGAAGCUUGAAAACUAAAGGAAUUAACAGAAAGCAACUGCAGGCUUUAAGUAAUAUUGCAACAUCACGUGUCCCGAUCAUUGUGUAACACCUGCUGUAAGCU